AUGGCUGCCAAGUGCCACAUCCGAGAGGAUGAGUCCCUCUCCAUCAGCCUCGGGGGGUCCCUGGGGACCAGAGGGAGGGAUGCUCUUGGCUCUGGGGUGCAGGCCAGCACGGCGCUGCAGGAGCUGGAGCUGAUGGAAAACAUCUUGGCGAGCAAGCAGGACGAGAGCUGGGAGCAGCGGGGCCCCCGGGCCUCCUUCGCCCGCAAAGUCACUGCCCUGAAGCUGAGGCUGGAUGAGUCCCAAAAAGUGCUGCUCAAGGAGCGGGAGGACAAGCUGGCGCUGAGCAAGAACAUCGAGAAGCUGGAGGGCGAGCUCAGCCAGUGGAAGAUCAAGUACGAGGAGCUCAACAAGAACAAGCAGGAGGUGAUGAAGCAGCUCAACAUCCUGAAGGAGAUCCACCAGGACGAGCUGGGGCGCAUCUCCGAGGACCUGGAGGACGAGCUGGGUGCUCGCUCCAGCAUGGACAAGAAGCUGGCGGAGCUGCGCGCAGAGCGGGCGCAGAUCGAGGACUUGGAGGAGGUGCUGGCCCGCAAGCGGCGCCAGACGGCCAGCGCCCUGGACACUGACCUCAAAGCCAUCCAGGCCGAGCUCUUCGAGAAGAACAAGGAACUGGCCGACCUGAAGCACAUCCAUGGCAAGCUGAAGAAGCAGUACCAGGAGAAGAUGGCCGAGCUGGCCCAUGCCAACCGCCGCGUGGAGCAGCACGAGGGUGAGGUGAAGAAGCUGCGCCUGAGGGUGGAGGAGCUGAAGAAGGAGCUGGCCCAAGCCGAGGACGAGCUGAAUGAGGCUCACACCCAGACGCGGAAGCUGCAGCGGUCGCUGGACGAGCAGACGGAGCAGAGUGAGAGCUUCCAGGUGCAGCUGGAGCAUCUGCAGUCCCG